CUGCCCUUUGCGCACCGAAAGAACAUCGCGAGAAUCGGCUUGACGCUUCGAGGAAACCUCCUUCUGACCAUCGACGAGGAUGGACACGCCAUUUUGACGAACGUCCUCCGCCGAAUCGCCAUUUACCGAUUUUCCUUCCGUUCUGCCCCGACCGCGCUGUCCUUCUCGCCCUCGGGACGCCACUUUGCAGUCGGACUCGGCCGCAAGAUCGAGGUUUGGCAUGUUCCCUCGACCCCGGAUGCCAAUGCCGAAGGAGACCUCGAAUUCGCGCCUUUUGUAAAAUACCACACACAUACCGGCCACUUCGACGAUGUGCGCAACAUCGAAUGGUCUAGCGACUCGCGAUUCUUCCUCAGCACGUCCAAGGACUUGACAGCCAGGAUAUGGAGUUUGACUCAAGAGGAUGGAUUCGUGCCGACGGUGCUCUCUGGUCACAAGCAAGCUGUGAUUGGCGCCUGGUUCUCGGAUGACCAGGAGACGAUUUACACGGUGAGCAAGGAUGGAGCAGUCUUUGACUGGAAAUACGUCGGCAAGCCGGUCCAGGAUGAGGACGAGAUGGUCGAUGUCGACGAGGAGGACAUGCGCUGGAGGAUAGUCAACCGACACUACUUCAUGCAGAACCACGCCCACGUUCGGUGUGCGACUUUCCACGCCGAGUCGAACUUGCUUGUCGCCGGCUUCUCCAACGGUACCUUCGGCCUGUACGAGAUGCCCGACUUCAACAUGAUACACACCCUCAACAUCUCCCAGAACGAUAUCGACUUCGUCACGAUCAACAAGAGCGGAGAGUGGUUGGCUUUUGGCGCGUCGAAGCUCGGUCAGCUGCUGGUGUGGGAGUGGCAAUCCGAGUCGUACAUCCUCAAGCAGCAGGGUCACUUCGACUCCAUGAACUCCCUGGUCUACUCUCCCGACGGACAGCGCAUUGUCACUAUUGCCGAUGACGGCAAGAUCAAAGUGUGGGACGUCGAGUCAGGAUUCUGCAUCGUGACCUUCACAGAACAUACAAGCGGUGUGACUGCCUGCGAGUUCUCCAAAAAGGGCAACGUUCUCUUCACAUCCAGUCUGGACGGGUCAGUAAGAGCAUGGGAUUUGAUCAGAUACAGGAACUUCAGGACAUUCACAGCCCCCACGAGGUUGUCUUGGUCCUGUAUGGCUGUUGACCCCAGUGGUGAAGUUGUUGCCGCUGGAUCCCUGGACUCCUUCGACAUUCACAUCUGGUCUGUGCAAACAGGUCAACUUCUGGACCAGCUUUCUGGCCACGAAGGACCCGUAUCAGCCCUGGCGUUUACGCCGAACGGAGACUCCCUCAUCAGUGGUAGCUGGGACCGUACCGCGAGAGUAUGGUCCAUCUUCAACAGGACACAGACGAGCGAGCCUCUGCAGCUCCAGGCUGACGUCCUCGAUAUCGCCGUGCGCCCUGAUUCACUGCAACUUGCUGUGUCAACUUUGGACGGUCAGCUUUCUUUCUGGUCCAUCCAAGACGCGGAACAGGUCUCUGGAGUCGACGGCCGUCGGGAUGUCUCUGGUGGUCGUAAAAUCACCGACCGGAGGACAGCUGCCAACGUCGCGGGCACCAAGAGCUUCAACACGAUCCGGUACAGCACGGACGGAAGCUGCCUGCUGGCCGGCGGCAACAGCAAAUACAUCUGCCUGUACUCCGUCCACACCAUGGUGCUGCUGAAGAAGUACACUGUCAGUGUCAACCUCUCCCUUUCCGGAACGCAAGAAUUCCUCAACAGCAAGCGUCUCACCGAAGCUGGUCCCGAUGACCUGCUCGACGAUGACGAGCCUUCGGACCGCGAGGACAGAUUCGACAACUCCCUUCCCGGUGCCAAGCGUGGCGAUCCCUCUGCGAGAAAGAAGCAGCCCGAAGUGCGCGUAUCAGGCGUGGCCUUCGCGCCCACCGGCACGGCUUUCUGUGCAGCCUCCACCGAGGGUCUCCUGAUCUACAGCCUCGACAACCUCCUGCAGUUCGACCCCUUCGACCUGAACAUGGAGAUCACCCCCGCCUCCACCCUCGCCGUCCUCGAUAACGAAAAGGACUACCUCAAGGCCCUGGUCAUGGCCUUCCGCCUCAACGAGGCCGGCCUGAUCAAGCGCGUGUUCCUCUCAAUACCGCACAGCGACAUCCCCCUCGUCGUCGAGGACCUGCCCAUCGUCUACGUCCCGAGGUUACUCCGCUUCGUGGCCGCGCAGACGGAGGAGACGCCGCACAUCGAGUUCUGUCUGCUCUGGGUCAAGGCGCUCGUCGACAAGCACGGCGCCUGGCUCACGCAGCACAGGGGCAAGGUGGACGUGGAGCUGCGCGUGGUGUCGAGGGCCGUCGCGAGGAUGCGCGACGAGAUCAGGAGGCUCGCGGACGACAACGUGUACAUGGUGGAUUACUUGCUAGGCCAGGCCAAGGAGAAGGAGUCGAGCGGGGUGAAGAUGCUGGAUCUCGCGGCUUUUGACGCCCCCGGCAAGCCGCUCGCCAUCGGCGCGGAUGCCGAGGACGGCCAGAGCGAUUCUGAUGGAGAUGGUUGGAUUGGGAUGGACUAG